AUGUCUCCCAUGGCUGCCACUCGCACUCCCACCACCACUGGCAUUGCUGCCAGGUCGUCCACCAUUCCCGAGGCGGCCAUCCAACUCAACAAGCCAUCAAGGGAUCCCAGGCCCAUCAGCAACACGGCAGAGUCUUUCUUGUUGUCCAACAGGCCCAGCUACCAAGCGCGAAUCGCAGCGCAGGGCAACGACCAGCCUGCUGCCGCCGCCGCCGCCACCACCACCACCCCCACCCUCACCGAACGGGAGAGGAGGUGCAAGGCCGAGGCGAAGCGCGCCGAGAGGAGGCAAAAGCAGACGAUGGCGGCCAGGAUCGCCAGCAACCCCACCAAGCCGGCGGCCCCGCCGCGCAGCAAGUUCUUUGCCCGGAUCGAGAGGGAGCAGCGUCAGGCCAGGGCUGCCAAGGUCAAGGCGGCCAACAGGAGGAUCGAGAUGAGGCCUGGGAUUCCGCUUGCAGAGCAGCGCCGGCCGGAUUGGGGAAUGCAAGAGGCCCGAAAGACCGAGGCGCACAACCAUCACGUCGCAACCAGCGAAAAGGCCCAGCAGGUGGUUGCUGGGGCCGCUGAGAAGGCUGAGCGCCGGCGGUUGGCUCUGCAAAGAGCGAAUGAAAGGGCAAUGGCGGAGAGAGAGGCGGCCCGCGAAAGGGAUAGACAAGAAUAUGGUUGGAAAACAAGUUGA